GCUCUAAUCUGAGACUAACUAUGCCUUAUCUCUGAGAAUGGGAGGAAGUGGAUCCAAAGCCAAAGGUGUCUGGCCUUUCUCAGGCAGCGGAGGCGAGUCAGGAAAUGAUGGGAACGAGCAGUCUCUGGCCCGGCUGAAAGGCUCUAAGAAUGCAACACCAUUUGUUUUUACAAGGAGAAGUUCUUUGUAUUAUGAUGAGGACGGUGACCUCGCCCAUGAAUUCUACGAGGAGACGGUCGUGACAAAAAAUGGCAGAAAGAAGUCCAAGUUGAAGAGGAUCCAGAAAAAUCUAAUUCCACAGGGAAUUGUGAAGCUCGACCACCCGUGUAUUCAUGUCGAUUUCCCCAUCGUCCUCUGUGAGGUGUGACACGUUGCACAGUGACUGGUCUACAAUGAUGUGCAGCCACAGAUCCUCUUUGCUGAGCAUCAUUCAAGUCCCGAGAGCUGCAGUCAAGACCUGGCGAAUGGCGCUUGCAGAGGAAAAAGGAAAAUUCAAACUGUCACAUGAAAAAUGAUAUAUUGAAUUAAAUGUUAUACAUUUGAAUUCAACGAGUCUUUAUUUUGACAUUCACAAAAAUAGUGAUGGUACAAGUUGUGUUUCCACUACCCAGCUGAUAUGUAUGCAGACUUGGAGAAUACUUCGGAUGAAUUCGUGUUUCUCCUGUUGUUUUUUUUUUUUUUUUUUUAAUUUUGCAGGGCAAAACAUCUGUGACGUGAAAAGGGUUUAAUGGUUCAUGCCUUCUGUGAGAUGUAGACUCUGUAUGUGUCUUUGUACAUGUGCUAGUUUUGGGUUCAUGUGUGAACUACAAAUGCAAGAUGUAUUUGCAGGGUGGGAAUGAUGAGGGAUUAUGGAAUUUGUUGUAUAUAUUUAUGUUCUGUAUUGUCACGUCUGAGUUAGUCUCAGUUAUCGGCGCUCAGACCUGCACUAGUGAACAUAAUGUACUGUAAAUAACAUCAGAUUUCUUAGUUGAAAAUACUUGAAUAAAUGGUUUAUUGAGCAAAAUCACUCAAA